ACUCCGACCUGUGCUCUUCAAGAUCCGAGCCUAAUCCUUCCUUCCCGUCCAUGAGCCGAAGCGAGCCUCCGCCCUAUGAUCUUUUCCCUCCGCUGCUGCUACCGUUGCCUAUCUUCUUCUUCCUCAGCAGCUGCCCUUCCUACCACCGCCUCCUUUCCCUCGUCCCCCUCCGUCGCUUCUCUUCUUCUCUCGUGCCGAAGUCUUCGAUCCCUCCAGCAAAUCCACCCUCACUUUAUCCGCAAGGGUCUAGAGCAGCACCAAGUCCUCGUCUGCCGCUUUAUCGUCCUCUGCACUUCUCAUUUUGCGCUACGUUAUGCCUCAGAAGUCUUUUUUCGCGUCUCCUCGCCCAACGUCAUCCUGUGGAACGCCCUCCUCAAUGCCUCCUCCAAUCUCUCUUCGCUCUCUCACACCGUUUCCCUGUUUAACCUCAUGCGCCGCUCCCAACACCCUGAUGGCUUCUCCUUCCCCUGCCUCCUCAAAGCCUGUUCUUUUCACGCCGCUUUCUUCCUUGGCGCCUCCCUCCACUCUGCUGUCCUGCACCUCGGGCUCGAGGACGACCUCUUCAUCCGCACCUCCCUUGUCGACUUCUAUGGCAAAUGUCGCCAGAUUGAUGCGUCUCGGAAGUUAUUUGACACGAUAAGAAAUGAGGUUACUUGGACCGCCAUGAUUGCAGGCUAUUUAAUUUCCGGCAAUCUACUGGCCGCCCGCCUUCUGUUCGAUGAAAUGCCUGAGAGGAAUUUAGUUACUUGGAAUGUAAUGAUUGAUGGGUAUGUGAAGGCCGGAGAUUUGAUGAAUGCACGGAAGGUUUUCGAUCAUAUGCCUAAAAGGAAUGAGAUUUCCUUUACUUCAAUGAUUGACGGGUACACAAAAGCCGGAGACAUGGCUUCUGCCAGGUUCCUGUUUGAACAACUGGACAACAAAGAUGUCUUUCUGUGGUCAGCAAUGAUCUCUGGUUACGCGCAGAACUGCCAGCCCAUUGAGGCCUUCAAGCUUUUCCUCGAAAUGCAUAAUAGAAAAAUCAAACCUGAUCAAGUCAUUAUGGUCGGAUUGAUGUCGGCCUGCGCACAAUUGGGUAGAACGAGUAUCGCCAAGUGGGUCGAUCAAUAUGUUCAGCAGAUCCCUCUCGAUGCCAGCAAACCUCAUGUUUUGGCUGCCUUGAUAGACAUGAAUGCCAAAUGUGGAAACAUGAAAAGAGCCGUCUUUCUGUUUGAUUCCAUGCAGGUCAGGGACUUGGUCUCUUACUGUUCCUUGAUGCAAGGAUAUUCUAUACAUGGAUUUGGAGCUGAGUCGGCCAAGCUAUUCGAUCAAAUGCUCAGAGAAGGGAUCAUCCCGGACAAUGUCGCCUUCACGGUGAUAUUUACUGCUUGUGCCCAAGCUGGCCUUAUUGAAGAGGGUAGUAAGUAUUUUAAGUUGAUGAAGGAUGUGUACAACAUUACUCCUUCUAAUGAUCACUACGCAUGCAUGGUGGAUCUUCUCGGGCGGGCGGGUUUGUUGAAAGAGGCGUAUGAUUUUGUGAAAUCUAUGCCGGUGGAGCCUCACGCCGGUGUCUGGGGUGCGCUUUUGUUAGCAUGUAGGAUGCAUUGCAAUACGGAGCUUGCGGAGAUAGCUUUAUCGAGCCUUAGUGAGGUAGAACCUCGAAAUGCAGGGAAUUUUGUGUCGAUGUCGAAUAUCUAUGCUGCGGAUGAUAGGUGGGCUGAUGUUUCAAAGGUAAGGAAUGUGAUGAAAUUGAGGGGGUUGAGGAAGAUCCCUGGUUGUACUUGGGUUUAUUCCUAGAGAAGUCUUUUUUGCGUGUGAUGUUUGACCAAAAAAAUGAAAUUUUUAUUGACUUCUUCUGAGAUUUUAAUCUCGUUGAAACAGUGGAGCAGCACAUUGUAUAUAGAGAAAUUGGGAAGAAAUUAUUUACUUCGGAAACCUACUCCAAUUUUGUUAAUGCAUAUAAUGUUAUAAUGUUGAAAUCAUGAA